CGGCCAGGCUUGACUGGCCAUAGGCGGUGGCCGCCGUCGCCAACUCCCGCGCGUUACCGGUUGGACCCCGUCCCGCCAAAUGCCGACCACCACACUUUGGAACAAGGCUGCCUAUAAAACCACAUCUCCCUUGGUUGGAAACUUGGAUCCUUGGCUUACAAAGGGAGGGAGGAGAAGAAUCGAGCGAGCAGAAGAAUGGGAUACCAGCAUCAGUUCUUCUUGCUCUUGUUGGUGUUGCUAGUCGCGGCAUUAGGAAUAGCAGCAGGAGAGGGAGAUAGAUCGUUCCGGGCUUUGUAUGAGAAGUGGAUGGUGGAUCAUGGUCGAGUUUACAAUGGAAUUGGUGAAAAGGAGAGGAGGUUCCAGAUCUUUAGAGACAAUGCUGAAUAUAUUGAAGAACACAAUCGGCAAGUGAAUCAGACUUACUGGUUGGGCCUCAACAACUUUGCGGACAUGACCCACGACGAAUUCAAAGCCCUCUACUUUGGUACCAAAGUUCCCCUGUCGAACACGAUCAAGUCUGGGUUCAGAUACAAGGACGCAACGAAUUUGCCUCUAGAUACCGACUGGAGGUCAAAAGGAGCUGUUGCAACUGUGAAAAACCAGGGAGCUUGCGGUAGCUGCUGGGCCUUCUCCACCGUUGCUGCAGUCGAAGGAGUGAACCAGAUUGUAACGGGGGAAUUGGUGUCUCUGUCCGAGCAGGAGCUUGUCGACUGCGAUAAGCAGAAAAAUCAAGGCUGCAAUGGCGGCCUCAUGGACAGUGCAUUCGAGUUCAUCAUCCAGAAUGGCGGGCUGGAUUCCGAAGCAGACUACCCUUACAAAGCCGUGUCUGGAAGCUGCGAUGAAAGCAGACGCAACUCCCAUGUUGUCACGAUUGAUGGCUUUGAGGAUGUGCCAGCGGAAAGUGAGGCUGAUCUGCUCAAGGCCGUUGCGAACCAGCCAGUCAGCGUUGCGAUCGAGGCCAGCGGUCGCAACUUUCAGCUCUAUUCUGGAGGCGUGUAUACCGGUCACUGCGGCUACGAACUCGACCACGGCGUAGUGGCAGUCGGGUAUGGAACGUCGAAAACCCCAGAUGGUGUUGCCACGGAUUACUGGAUCGUGAGAAACUCUUGGGGUGAUGCGUGGGGCGAGAGUGGAUACAUCCGGCUGCAGCGCAACGUCGCAUCGCCUCGAGGCAAGUGUGGCAUUGCAAUGAUGGCGUCGUAUCCCGUGAAGAACAGCACCAUCGUGGAGACGGUCCCGUCGAGCCGGAAGUCGGGCUUUGCUUUCCAAUGAGAGAAAAAGCUACGACACACGGCCAAUCGUCAAGUUGUUUGUACAGAUCGAUCAUUCGUUUCAUUCGUCCGGGUCGUAUUCCAGGAUUCAUUUCGCCAGAAAACGUACUCUUCAAUCUCUCUUUCUUUCGUUUGUAAGCAUAUCUAUAUAUCGCUAGUGUAAGAAAAAAAAAAAGACAAACAAAACUUCAACUUCACUGGAUCA